GUUCCAUUCCCCCCUCGUCAUUUAUUUUAUCAACGCGCGACCGAUAAAGAUGAUUCAUCCACUUCUUGUUGUCGGCCUCCAGUUUUGGUUUUCUGCCAUCUUGGCAUCAAACAACACGGGUAAGCACAAGUAACAGUUAUCUUGUUAUAGUAUUUUACGCUAAGCAUUUUUAGGUAUGUUAUCAACUUGUAAUGCAACAGUGUUUGCGUUGGUGAUCACGCAAACUGAUUAACAAUUCAAUUAAGUUGUUCGUUUAUAGUUGCAUUUAACUUUAUCUCCGUGCUACAUAAAUGCUCUGCCUACCUCUUAUUUGCUUCACCAUCGUUUAGAAACCAACUUCUUUUACUGUGCGCUAUGUUUUAUGCUGCCGAGUUUCCGCAUUGUGCGCGUUUGCCUGACGCCUUCGUUUUAGAUCUCCUUACUAAAAUGAACGGUCGUAGAGACUCUCUUCGCAAUAGCUAGAUUGGUUUGCUGCUUAAUUUCACUAAGAGAAAUUCAAAAGUUUGAUCGAAAUAAUUCUUUUAAUAAACAUGUUUUCAUAUCUAAGCAAGACUUAGAUCUCUUAUGACCUUUAGACUCAGACAAGAAGUUGACGACUGUCUCAUCGACCGACGCAUUACUGACGACAAAAGACUUUCUGCCCUAUGAUAGUGACAGGCUCUGUAUGGUGGAUUUAAAAGCGGAGUUACAUUAUCCAUUUCAACAACAUAACAUCCGUUUCAUGUUGGCAUCAGUGUUUUCGCAAGAAAGAAUGAAGUCAACAAGAAUGUCGCGCAAUUUUGCGCACGCUCUAUUUGGUGUUCAUAGAUGGAUUUGCGAAUAUUUUAAAUUAUUUAUUUAAGCUGUUGACUGUCGUAUUACAAGGAAUUAGUGUUCGUGUUGGGCGCUGUUUUAAUUGGAAAAAGAAACGAAUUGAUAAAGUUUUACGAACUGGGACAGGGGGUGCGUUAUGGGGAGUAAACUGAGGCGUCAAGACAACGGAGAGGGGCGGAAGGAAGGCGGGGAGAGGGAUUUCCUAAGAUGAUGAAAGCUGUUUCGCUUACGCAAGUCUGUUUUGGAAAUAGAAGACUUCUGACGUCUACAUGUCACUGCACUUUUCAUAAAAUGUAAAUAAUAGUGCCACUGAAGAGAAAUCUUGCUUUUAAAACAGAUUGCAUUCAUUAUGACAACCGCGCUUGGAAGUAAAAUUUAAUAAGGUCUUCUUACUAUUAGAUAACUUUUAAAUCUUAAUCAAUAUAAGAAAGAUCUGAUUGGCAAAAUAAAACAAAAUAAAAUAAAAAAGAAUUAAUAAAAUGUAUCAGUGACCUGCAUAGUGUAAUUUCACCUUAAAUGCAUAGAAGUUAUGUUUUGAAAAUGUUGGUUAAAUGCGUUGAAUCGUAGAAAGCAACUCAGUGUGGCGAAGGUCGUUAACUUAGGACCAUUGAUUGAAAAAUUUAAUACCCAACAACAACAACAACAACACCAACCGUUUAUUAGGUUAAUUCCAUUUAAUGUGUAUGGCAUUUUUUAGUAAUGCCUCAUCUAUGUGUGUGUGAGCUAUGAGCUGAGUGAAUACGAAAAUUGAAGCUAAUUUAAAACAACCUAUUCCCGAUUGUUUUUUAAGCCGUUUUAUCUCAACUGUAAGCCGUCGUCCCUCCCCAGUGAGACAAAAUAUUAAUAAAGCAGUUUAAUUCUGCGAGGACGAAGCUGUAGAACUCAUCUGAAACGUAUUGACUUCACCGACUGCUUCCACAAACAAAGAAUCACACAAAGGGGAGGGCGGUGUGAAGGUUGGGCAUAAAUAAACACCUUAUGAAGCGAUCGCAAGUGUGUGUUCUUAUUUUGGUUCUGCACUCUGUAUGAGAGAGGUUAUGUUUAUUUUGGCCCGAGACCGAAAAUUUCUGGAUAAGUCACGGUUACUAACGAGGGACUGUCAAAGACGAAAAAUUCUUGUUAAGAUCUCUUGGCUUCUAACGAAUUUUUUACCCCGGGUUUUUUACUUACUAAAAGCGACACCAGACCCACUUAAUACAGACACCUCCGUUAUAUUACUAACAGUUUCCUAUACCUGGGGAAAGCCCGGGGAGAGCCUUACAUUUCCUCACGGACCGACGGACACUUGGCUUCAUUUCCAAUCAAGAGAACCUCAUAGAAAGUUACCCUUAUUACACGUACACUUCUUUGUCAACAGUCUGUUGUAAUAAGCGUUAUCAGUUUUUCUGAAGCUAAAAAGCCUUCGGAUGGCACCUAGUCUCCCUCGCAGCCGUUUUUGGAAACGGCUGCGAUGGAGACUAGAUGGGAUGACACCAUGUGUUAUGUGGAUGUUCGUCAGAGUGCUACAACUGAGACGGGAAUGCACUAUCUAGCCAUCAAUUUGUAACUAUCUUGGCGAUAAAUGAGUGAGAAAGAGUAUGGAUUUGAUUAAGUGAUGUAAAUAUGAGCGAGUCUUGAGAGUUUCCACGGAAUGGUCUAAAAGAAAUGUUUUAUAGUUAGACGAUGAGAAUGUCCUGUUUUAUUUCUU